AUGGGGAGUAGGCUCGACUCCAUCGCCGCCGCCGAUGCAGUCGACAACGACGUCCUCGACAACGACGACGACUCCAGCGCCGUCGUCAGCAACUGCAUCCACGAGUCCUUCUCCAACUCUCUCCCGAUUCACGGCUUCGGCGUGGACAACGAGCGGUCUAGUCUCGACAACGACGGGUCGUCUAGCUCCAGAGCUACAUACGACAUUCUAUGCCUCCAAGAUGUGUCACCGAUUGAGUCAUCUAGGGCGAGGUUUCUGCAACUUGUGGUGAAUCAUUUUAUAAGUGAACAUGUGAUCGAAGCGAUUGAUAGUGAGGUUAGUGGUGGCAGUGAUUACAGUGCUCAGUCCGGGCAAGAUAAGCUUUGUAAGAGGAAGCUUGGGGAGGUACAGCUUGAAGGAGACCCGAGGUUCGCAUUGCCGUUGAUGUAUAUUGCAAAUAUGUAUGAAACUCUUGUUAAUGAUGUGGACAACAGGCUUGCUUCCUUGGGUGGAUUUCGCGAAAAGUCUAUUGGUGUUGCUCUUGAACCAGCUGGUGGUUUGUAUAGAUUGCUGGCUAAGAAAUUUUCCAAGAAAGACCCAAGUUUAGUGCAAACUCCAGAGACUCCUGAGCAAGUUUCUACAAGAAAGUCACUGCAUGUACAAGAUAUGGAUGAAGAAAAUGUCAAGGCUGAUUAUAAUGACCUUGGACCAUUAACACCUCUAGGUGAACAGAAAGGAGACAAUGAGAUGAAGAGCGAAAAAGAGGAUGAAAUUAAAAUACUAAUGAAAAAUGGUAGUGAUAGAUAA